ACAAACAGUGUUAGAUAUAGUUCUGUAGGUACUAAAAUAUGUACAUAAUGUAUAUCAUGUUUCCAAAGUGGAAGGUGAAGAAAUUUGCAUCGAUCACAAAGUUAUAAGAGUGUUUGUUGUGAAUGUUUUCAGGUAAUAAGAGUACUUUUCUUGUUUUUCAAUGAAUUCAUAAUGCACCAAACUUUACAGAUUCUUCGUCUUCGAAUCGUCAAUAACUUAUUCUUAAAUUGAUUUUAUUACUGUUCCGCAAGUAGCAAUAAUUAAUGAUAACAGAUAAUGGUUCCCUGGAAAAUGAGAUAUACCUAAACAGAAUAUAAUCAUUCAUUUCUCUUUUAUUAUAUUUUUUUUAUCCAUCUCAAGAUAUACGUAUAGUAUAUCUGAUAAUUUUUCGAGCUCUAUAUAUAGUACAACUGUACAGUUAUGAAUAUUCCAAUUUUUCAUUGGAGUUUAGAGUUCAGUCUUAAUUUUCUCGGUUUGUUACCAAAUAAACCAAAUUUAUUCAAUCAACUUCUCUUGUGUUCAUCGUUAGUUGUAAUUUCUCCUUUUCAAUUAAAAGAUAUUUUAUUUUAUGACAAUAGAGCAAAGAUGUUGGAUGGAGUUCGCGAUAUGGCCGUAAUUAUAUUUCUUGUCGUUAAAUUUUUAAUUAUGCUUUCGAAUAAAAGUAGUUUACAUUUUCUUCUCAAGGAACUGGAGGAGGAUUGGAAAAAUAUUAAAAAUUCGAAAAAUGAAAAAAUAAUGAUGGAAUAUGUAAAUUAUGCUCAUAAAUUUUGCAUUAGCGAUUGGUCACUUUAUGCAAUUACAACUUGCACAUAUAUCGGCGAGUUUUUUAUAAUUUAUUUCACUAAUACAUCGGACCAAAAAAUAUUGUUUAUACCCGCAACAUAUCCUUUUGAUAUCAAUCCCUUACCAAUUUUUAUAGCUGUAACAAUUUUGCAAUCUGUUCUAUUUGGAUGUUGGGUGUGUGCUAAUGCUUUGUCUGAAACUUUACUUGCCACAUUGGUAUUUCAUCUUGUUGGUAGGAUUGAAAUUUUACGAAAUGAAAUCGGAAACAUGUCUUUUUCUCCAAAUACAGUAAACAGCAAACGAUAUUUAAUAGAUUUUAUUAAAAAAAUUGUAUACCAACACAGAAAACUUAUAAUUAUAAGUCAAAAAAUUGAAGCCAUCUACAGUUAUAUUUGCUUAAUUCAAUUUUUCACAAGUACUAUCACGUUAUGUCUUGCUGGAUAUUUAUUCAUUACUUCUGUGGAUGAUUUGGAUUUAUUUUUAAUUUUAAAAUACAUCUGUUUUAUACUUCUAAUGUUACUUCAGUCAUUUGCUAUCUGUUUCUGUGGCGAAAUUUUGCUAACGAAGAGUUUAAGUAUUCCUCAAAGUAUAAUUAAUUGUUCGUGGUAUGAGACAUCACCGGAAAACAUUAAGCUCUUAUUAAUGAUUAUCGUGAGAACCCAGAAGCCAAUGUCCUUAACAAUUGGAAAAUUUACUGCUUUGUCUAUUAAAGGUUUUACAAAAAUUUUACAAACAUCUGUCUCAUAUUUGUCUGUAUUACGAACAGCAUAUUAAUACCUUAACUACAACAUGGCAGUGGAAGUAAACUUCUUAUCCCUUUUUUUUAGUAAUCGGUAAUAGGAUAAAAUAGAUGUUAUGUAUAUUUAUACAAAAAUACUCAAUUCCUUAUUUUGUAAGUAUUCAAUUAUUAUACGUAUAUUGUACCUUACAUAAAAACAAAUUGUCAGGAGUAAUCAUUAUGAAUCAGUUUAUUUUACCAUUUCCGCUUGUUUUGAUA